GAUUCAGAGCAGGCGGAGCAGUUGGCGCUGUGAGCCUCGAACCACCACCAUGUACCCGACGUUCCGUUAUACCUUAAUUGCUGCUCUUUAAUUAAUUGUAGUUUAGUCUCGUAGAGCUUUAGUUGCUUGCAGAUAGGGGGGAAACAUGAGCCGGCACUUUGCUCCUGCUUUUUGCUUGGCUUUAGUUUUUUUCCCUGUUUUAAGCACAUCAUGUCCUGCACAAUGCAGCUGCUUCUUUCACAAGUUAAGUGACGGAUCAAAGGCAAGGAGUGUGCUUUGCAAUGACCCAGAGAUCACUGUGAUUCCUCCGAACUUCCCAUCCGACACAUCAAAGCUACGCAUAGAGAAGACCGCAAUCACGCGCAUCGCCAGCAACAACUUUCACUACCUCAACAGCCUGGAGUUUCUCUGGAUGUCUUUCAAUUCCCUGAACUCGCUUAAUGAGGACAGUUUUCGAGGCCUGUACAACCUGGAUGAGCUCAGGCUGGAUGGAAACUCCCUCACUUCCUUCCCCUGGGAAGCUUUGAGUGACAUGCCCAUCCUGAGGCUCCUCGACUUGCACAACAACAAGAUCUCCUCUAUCCCGGCCUCGGCCACCAUUUACAUUAAAAACGUCACUUAUCUGGAUUUAUCCAGCAACAGCCUCACAACCCUUCCAGCAGAAGCUCUCACAAUGUGGCUGAGCGUGAAGCCUUCCCAAGACUCGGAGUCAUCUAAGCUAAUUCUGGGUCUUCAUGAUAACCCAUGGCUGUGUGAUUGCCGACUCUACGACCUGAUCCAGUUUCAGAAGUCCCCCUCAUCAUCCGUGGCACUUAUUGACACUCGGCUGAGGUGCGCUGAUCCUGAGAGCCUGUCUGGGGUUUUCUUUACUGAAGCAGAACUUCAGAGGUGCCAGGCCCCCAGGGUGCACACGGCUGUGGCUCGCGUUCGGAGCUCACUGGGCAACAAUGUUCUACUGCGGUGUGGCACUGUUGGGGUCCCCAUUCCGGACCUGUCCUGGAGCCGUGCUGAUGGCAAGAAAAUGAAUGGCACAGUUCAGCAAGAGAUUUCAAAGGAAGGCAUCAUUUGGUCAAUUCUGAGCGUCCCUGCAGUCUCCUACAGGGAUUCUGGGAAGUAUGUGUGCAAAGCCACCAACUUUGUGGGCUCUGCGGAUGCCAUCAUCUCCUUGGUGAUCACUGAUUCCAUUCGGUCGGAGGAAGCAGUCGGUGGCGUUUCUAAGAGAGGCAGCAGAAAGAAGCCUGGGAGCGUGGGAAGAGCAGCUUACCAGGAAAAACUCAUUGCGAGAUAUGUUCCACCACCCACCAGUACUGCAGCUCAACCCAUCAUUGAACCUCUUAAUGGCAAAGGAGUGACUGGGAGAUAUGAAAUUGAGAGCUACAGUGUUUCUGAUGGAAAUUCUCAAGGACAGUCCAAAGAUUCUUACCCUCUAAAGUCAGGGGAGGUGAGUCAAGGUUUAGGCAACUUGGUGGCAAAUGCUUCGUCCCUACAGCAAGUUCCCGAGAAAAGGGUAGUGCGAUCGGUGAAAGUGAUUGGGGACACGGAUCACACCGUCUCUUUGAACUGGCGUGCCCCCACAGCCAUAAACACCACCGAAUUCAGUGUCCUAUAUGCCGUUUUUGGUGAGAGAGACAUGCGUCGUAUUAAUGUGGGUGCCGGAAAGAACCGUAUCACCAUUGAAGGCCUUGUACCAAAGACAAAGUACAUAGCAUGCGUUUGCGUCAAAGGUUUGAUUCCGAAAAAGGAACAGUGUGUAAUCUUCUCAACGGAUGAAGCUGCCAGUGCCAGUGGCACACAGAAGCUCAUUAAUGUGGUGGUGAUAACUGUUGCAUGUGUGAUUGCAGUCCCCCUGACUCUGAUCGUGUGCUGUGGGGCAAUAAAGAAACGUUGCCAAAAAAUGCUGGGGCGGCAGACAAAAGACAUACAAGACUCCUACGUAACAUUUGAGACUCUUGGUCCUGGAGGCAAGGCUAAAGGGACGGAGGGGGAAUAUCUGACCAGGCUAAACCCAGAUGAAUCCAACAGGCUCCUGUCGGCGAGGUCAAGUGUUGAUUCAGAAGCUAUAGCGAGGACUGAGGGGCCGCCUAAUGAAUACUUCUGUUAAAACGGAGCAGACAGUGUCAAGAAGAUGCACUUUGUUUUCGGGGAAUGUUUAUCGAUGAAAGGACUGGACUGGUCAGAGACUCAAAUGGACAUUUUGGAGUUGUCUCUGUCAUUAAUGGUCAAAAGAGAUUAAUUUACAGCCUUGACAGGAACAAAAUCAGUAAUUUCUUUGACUGAAAAGGGAAAAGAAAAAGAAAAACAAAGACUGGUUUUAAUAUUGUGUAUUUAUAAAAAAAAAAAAACUUUUUUAUUUGUGAUGCACUAUUGAAAGUGAUGUUUUUUCCAAGAAAAUUCUCUUGAUGUCCUCAACUCUUACCAACCCAGUCAGUUAUCUUUUUUCACCCUAAGAGUAACUUCUGCUUUGUGUAAAGUAUGAAAUAUAAAAGGAAAAGUUUAGAGCACCAACCGUUUGUUUAGCCUGUUUUGCAUGUCAGCACACAGCAUAAUGUGCCAGACUGGUUGUUGGCUCAGAAACUUAAACAACAGUGCAUUUCAUAAUAUGUAAACAUUUGUAAUCUCAAUGAUAUACAUAUAACAACUGAAAAUAAAUAUUUUUUUAUAUU